GACAGGGGUUUCCAGCGUCAAAAGCGAGCGUCACCGAGUGGUUCGGUGCCUGGGUCCCGCCCGGCGCGUCACACCCCAUUCAAAGGAGGCGUUCCCCGUCCUCUUCCACCACCCCCCUCCCGCCACAGACAAAGCAUCGGGGCCGCGACUUAGCGGCUCAUUUCGCCGGCUCCCCACCGCUUGGAGGCUGCAUUUUAACCAUAUACCGGGCCAGCCGAGAGGAGGGGUGUAGGGGGGUGAAGAUCCCAGUACACACACACACACAGAGGGUGUCUCCCGCAAUUUCCCAACCAUGUCCGCCUUCGCGUGUCGCGAUUACUUCGCUGCCGAGUGUUUGAUGUCCAUUUCCAGCGGCGCCGUGGUGCACCGCUCCCCGUUGAAGGGGGAAACUUGCGAGCUAACUUCAAGGGAGGACAAAGAGGUGAGCGACACGUUGAAGGACGGCGGUAACCUGCUGGUGGUGGCCAGCAUUCUCACCGACUUGCAGAAAUCCAGGCCGAUGUCUUCCAACUCGGAGAGCAGCAAUUCCUCCUCGGGCGAGAGCCUGGAGAGCGGUUAUACAACGCUGUCGGAAGGGUCCUGCACGCCGAUCACACCCCCGACACUGAUCGCCGCAAACUGCACGUCGGAAAAGAGGAAAAUUAAGCGGUCGGACAAAUCUCUAGUGAAGAAGCACCAAUGUUACUUUGUGGGAUGCGAUAAAGUGUAUGGAAAAUCGUCCCAUUUGAAAGCACACAUGAGAACUCACACAGGGGAACGGCCUUUUCCCUGCACCUGGCCACAGUGUUUCAAGAAAUUUGCCCGUUCCGAUGAGCUGGCACGACACUAUCGUACCCACACAGGCGAGAAAAAGUUCAAGUGCCCAAUGUGUGAGAAGAGGUUCAUGCGCAGCGACCAUUUGAUGAAGCAUGCUCGCCGACAUCCUGAUUUCAAGCCUGCUAUGAUCGUCAAGCCCAGCAGUAGGAGUGUGUCACCCCCCAAAAUGCUGGCACCCACCUUCCACAGCCUAGCUCCUGCUUCCGUUGUCAUUCCUUCUCCCAAUCCAGCUAGUCCAGUGUUCAGUUAGACUGAAAAAGAAUCCAGUUUGUACCAAAAGUCUUGUUAAGCUGAGAGUUUUAGCCUCCUACCCUCUGAGCAUGUGUGGACUGUGCUUGUAGAUGAUCUUCGCUUUUGAACCUUUUCGGUUUCUGCGGACAAGUGUUGGGGGAAGGGCCUUUUCCAUAUGCAUUGUUUUUGCACACACAGUGACUAUAGCCAGCCACAGAAUUGCUUGCUUUGUUGGGAUAGUAAAUUAGUGUGAGUUGUGGAUGUUGUUUAAAUUGUCCCCUAUGUUACCUGUCCUAGUCAAAUCUGAUGUCCAUUUUUUAUGUUUUAAUUUUUAACUUAUUGCAGUAACUCCAUACAGGCUUUUGAAGUAUAUUAAAAUACAUCCAUUGUGUUUAAUCAACCUAGUUGAAAAUUGACCUAUUUUAGUGGCUUUUUCUGAAAUUAAACAGUCAUGCAGACCGAAUGAGCAACAGCUCUCACAGUCAACUAAACCAGCCACACAAAUCUCCACUGUGCUAACACAUUGCUGAGAAAGAACUAUAAAUGACACUUUAGGGCAGUUUUAACUGGAUCGGGGAGAGUAAAAGUGAAGUCACUUUUUUCCAUUUUUUCAGAUUUUAUGAACAAGUCUUUAUAUGUUCAAAUGAAUUAAAAACAAAACCUUGAGGAAUCAAAUCUGGUUUAGUUUGUCCGUUGAUUCUCAGUCAUUUGUUACAGUUUUCCUCUCAUGAACAAUGUGUUCAGCUCAGGAACUGAAUUACUGCAACUUUGCAGUGUUCAUCAUACAUUGACAAUGAUUUGCAGCUUUAUCCAGUUGGUACCUCUCAGGGCUACAAAAGAUCUUUCCAAUAUGUCACAGAAAGACACCCGAGACUACAAUUCUGGACAUAUCUUUGGUAAAAGAGUUUCUCUUUUGAGGGUGGCCUGCUGCACUGUACAUCUGAUGGCAUGUUUGUAUGCAGCUGCUGUAUGGUAAGCAUGCUGCUGGCAGGUUGAUAAUCCAUGCACAAAGAGCAGGCUAGGCUGUGCAUGACAGUGAGAUUGAGAUUAAUCCCAGCCUGUUGGAGACCUCCCAAUUGACAAUUCAGUUUUACUCUCCUGUAGAGAAUUUUAGUUUGCAGAGAGCUAAACCAUUUAGAUCUAAACAAGAAUCUGGCUUCAUACUUUUGUCAAUCUGCUUUGUAUGAUCUCUUAAAGGUAAACUAUGUCCUGGACAUUUGGAGAGAGAACAUAGGAUCUAUAAUGAUACCUAUUUCUUUGCUAACUUCACUAUGAACUGACAUAGCAGUAACACGUAUCCAAAGUAGAACACCUUCAUUCAGAAUACUUAAAUUACAAUGGUAUUUUGUAUCCCAUCUCAUCGGAGAUCAGUUGGCCGUUUUUCUGGAAAUAAAAAUGACAGUGCUCUUUAUGCUAAUAAAACUAAAAAUUACAAACUGCUUCUGGGUAAGAUCUGCAACCCUUUCAACAUGAUGGGAUAUUAUUGAGAUCUGCUAUUCACUGGUGAUAACUGUGCAAACACGUGUACACCAAGAGAGUUGUGUCUUCAGAGCUUUCAUCGGAAAUCUUAUUGAAAGGCAUUUGACCGGUUUUAACCUGCUCAAGUCAUCUGUGUGCAAAAAUAAUAAUAGCAGCGGGGUUCUGUGCAUACUGCCUUUCUUAAAGUGCUCCUUUUAAUAACGUAUUUUUGUAACAUUUCUACUCAGGGGGCUGUGUUGCUGAUGCAUGCAUUUCACUAUGUAAAUGUGGAGUGUGUGUCUCUGUUGUUUUUACCUGUUCAGUGUGUGAUAUUGGAACUGUAUUGUUCCCAGCAAUUUGCUUGUGGUAAACUGUUGAUCAGUUACCAAAAGGGAAGAUAUUCAUAUUCUUUAUCUAAAUGUGUUCUACUCUACUAAAAUUACUAGAUGUGUGUUUGGAAAAAAAUGAUAAAUAUAACUUUAAAAAGGUAAUGUAAAUAUCUGUGGAAAGCAUGUUUUUAAGGUGAUUUUAAAUUUACACUAAUGAUUAUUUUACUAUAAAUAGCUUGUGCACUAAUGCACACACCUCUCAACCAGUUGUGUUUCAGGAAUUCAACCACGGGUCAUAAAUCAUAUAAAUGCCCCUACUUUAGUCUCAUCUCACAAUCUUCUCCAGGCAUUUUUUUUAAAAUAGAGUGAUCUGAAUAGAAUGUUCCAUCCACAGCUGUUUUGUUUUUACCUUCCCACCAUUUAUAUAAAUAUAUUUUUUAUAUUGGUCCUAAAUUGACUGUGAUUUAUCCAGCUUAUUUGGACAGCUUCAAAUAAAUCUUUGAGUCUGAGUGCUGAUGAAUAACUCUGGUUUGACAUAAUUUGUGAGCUUCUCUUAAAAUUGACUUGUUUGUAUUUAAUAUUCCUAUCAGACAUCAAGAUUCUUUAAAGUAAAAUAAUAUGGGGGGUAUUGUGAUUUUUAAUUGAUCACACAUCCCACAUAUUAAGAACAGUAAUAGUUGUUAUUACCAUUAAAAAAAUAAUCCAGGGUAGUAAUUUCUCAUUACAUUAAAACCAUAAAUAAGCAAGUAGUCCACAGGUUAAAUCAUAGGAUUGCUAGCCUUGAAACAUUCCAGAUUUUGUUAACAUGGUUUCAUAAUCAGACUUAUUUCCAUUAUGUAAAAGAGAAAUUUUACUCCUGCAUAUCUGACAUUUAUUGCAAUGAUGCCAAGGUUGGUAAUGAAGGAUUUGUAAUCUGAUUUGCAAGAACAUGCAAUCAGAGAGAAGCUAUACCCAAAUAAAGCUCUUCACAAUAAUUCCAUCUGUGACCUUAAACUCCUGACAUUGCUAUUAUUGACAUUAUUGUCAAUCUUCAUUUUGCUUUUAGUUGGUGUUUUUAAUACAUUUUUAAAAAUUAACUUUUAGUAGAAGCUUCUUCCCAUACUUAGAGCAAUAUUGUGUUUUCUCCUCCCAGUUUAGCAUUGAGUCAUUUAACUCCACGUUGGGACACUUGAAUUCUUGCUUGAAUGCUAUGUUUAGGCUUUGUUUAAACAUUCCUUUUUUUCCCAGGAAAAAAAAACCUUUGUACUAUUUUCUUCCCCCGCCCCCCCCCCCCCCCCCCCAUCAACCAUCAUUGACCAAUAGUAGAUACCUAUUCUAUAGCCUAGCAUGGCUGCUUUGAAAAAUAACUCUUCCACAGUGAAACCUCUUUGGCUUUGUCACUGUCAUUUACGAAUGAGUCCCUGGAACUGUUAGCAUCAGGGUUACUCAAGACACAUGUUGAUUUAUUCACAAAAAUAGCCACAUUCUCAAAGCUUAACCCCGUAGAAUAGUGUUGGAGGCAGCAAUAUGAUAUAUUUUUGGCAUAAGAAUUGAUUUGUUCCAAAAUGCCAAUAUCCUAUCAACUUGCCCUGUGGAAUAAAGCCUAUUGUUAUCCCCUUCCUCCUUGUGGAUUGCAUAUAGUUGUCUGACUGUGUGGAAAAAGCUGUCCAGUAGAUAGGUUGUGAUGGUCCAGCUUUCAAUUAGGAUGUCAAUUUGGUCCUCUAAUCCAGCUUGAUCAGCCUGCUGUUGGUUAAGCGAUAUUUGGAGAAGCUUGCUGUUUGCUUCACAUUAAAA